AAAUAUGUCUCAUGCAUCAGUCUACGCCUUCAUAGUCCACUAUAAAAACCACCAUGUCUUCCAAGUUGUUCAUUGAGAAAAGCUAUCAGAUAAACUGAGUCAACAAUGGGUAAAUUCAGCAUCCUAACAGUUCUCCUCGUAAUGGGAAUGUUUCUGGAAAUUUCGCUGGCCGUCAAACCAGACUGGGUGUCCUUCAUGAAACAAUAUAAAAAAGAGUAUAAAUCGGCCGAAAAUGCGGCAAAGGCGAUGGCCAAAUUUGAAAAAACCUUAGCACGUGUGGAUGAACAUAACAAAAAAUUUCAAAACGGGGAAGUGCAAUACACGUUAGCUAUAAACGAAUUUGCGGACGAAGAUCCAGACGAAUUUCAUCUUACCCAUCAUGGCUUGAAACCAGAAUUAAGACUGGACGAUUCAACCCGAUCCGUUCCUCACGAGAGGUAUGUUAGGGCGACGCCACCUGACUCGUUUGAUUGGAGAUCGUCAAAUAAGGUUUCCGCAGUCAGAAAUCAAGGGAAGUGUGGCAGCUGUUGGGCGUUCACUAGCCUCUCUGCGGUUGAAAGCCAAGUGUUAAUUGCUGGAAAGUCCUCGGUCCUGUUGAGUGAACAGCAUCUGCUGGAUUGUGAUACUGUAGACCUCGGUUGCAAUGGCGGUUGGCCAACAAAUACCUUCAAAUGGUUGCAAAAUAAUGGGGGCAGUAAAGCAGAUUCUGCCUACCCAUACACAUCUGGCUGCUGUAAUACAACAGGAAAAUGCAGCGGGGCAAACGCCCCUGCAGUGCAAACCGUUACCGGAUUUGAAAGGCUAACAAUGCCUGCGACCGACGACACCCUUAAAUCCUUUCUGGUUACUCAUGGACCGUUGGCAAUUGCCGUUUCUGGAAGUGAAAAAUGGGAUCCGCAAUAUGCCACGGGAUAUCUAUCGCGUAAGGUGAACCAAACAAUGGAUCAUGCCGUAUUGCUCGUGGGAUAUGGGGCUGACAGUGUGGGCAAAAAAUACUGGAUCAUUAAAAACUCCUGGGGGACAGGAUGGGGUGACAAAGGAUUUGCUAAAAUUUUGGCCGGUCAAAACGAUAACGUGGACUGCAGCGUUACUAAAAAUCUUGCUGCAUAUCCCACCAUUUCCUAAACUAAUGCUGUUCAAACGAAGCAAAAUUGUGCAACUGGUUACGGUUUCCUUGCUGGAAUUAUAAUAAUGACACGAUUAACUAAAUUCAAAAUAAAGAAUUAUUUAAUGCAAUGUA